AUGGAUCCGUUCAUCAUUGAUGGUGAACACGUGAAGAUAGAGAGGCAGCCCCAUGCAGCGUUUAUGGGGACCAGUUGCCUUCUAGACGGUGAAGUCAGUAAUUGGAGGUGCGGUGCUUCGAUAAUCACUCAAAACAUAGUCAUGACAGCGGCACAUUGCUUGAAGUGUUGCGGAAAUGGUAUUAUUAAAGGAAUCUUAAUUAACACCGGCCACGAGAACAAGGAUCUAGGUAUAACGUCAUCGGGUCAUAAAUACGCAAUACAUUCUGGCCAUGACAGCGAAUCAGCGGUGUAUGAUAUAGCGCUGGUGCUGCUAAAAACACAGUUAAAGCUAAGCGCGAACUGCAGCAGAGUUGCGCUCAUGAAAUACCCACCGUAUGACGAAGAAGCUUACGUUUCCGGCUGGGGAUUUGUUAAUGAAGAGAAACAGAUCGCGACGAAUUACCUUCAAGAAGCUAGAGAGAAGAUUAUGACCAGAAAAUCAUGUUCUCAAAUUCUCAGACAUACCGCACUUAAUGGCAUCAUUUGCAGCGUAAAUAAUCAUAAUGGCCCCGUUGCCCUGUAA